AUGUUCAUGGUAAAGUGGAAACAUUUCUGCGCCUGCGAAAACACAUGGGAGCCAAAGGCUCAUCUACUUUCUGAGCUGACAGAGGCAUUUAAAAACCCCGAACCAGACCUGGUACGUGUUGAAGAAGCCAGAGAGAGGAUCGGCCUCGUGUUUGAAAGGGGAAUGAAAGUUCCACUUCAACACAAAGAGUCGAUCGAGAUUCGCCACGACGUGGUCCGUUUCCUGUUCCCGAUCCUACCACCGCAACUUCAGCUAGCUCCAACAGACAUCAGCGACCAAGAUCUAGAAGAAGCUGGCCUUAGCUCGUACGUGGAGCAGAGAAUCAACGCUAAAGGAAACCGGUGCCGGAUCGUGCAGUUCACCUUCCGACUGUUGGUGUCCUAG